UUCCAACUUCACUACACAACUCCCUUCUGUUUUCCCCCUCCCUAUAUAAGCCUUACCACCUUCAUUGCUCAAAUGCAAAAGUCUCAAAUAAAGUAAAAAAGCUUUACCCAUCUCUGUUUUGUGCUACCAAACAGAUUUACUGUCAUCAUAGUUUCAAAAUGGCUUCAAAUGUGGUAAAUGACAUGCUUGGUGGCAUCGGGCAGAACAAGUUUCAUGCGAAGAUUUUUUUUACCAGGCUCAUCUCCGGAAAGAGGCUCAUGAAGAUGAAAGAUUUAUCAGAAGAGAUAUAUCAAACAGUGCCGAACAAAGAGGAAAGAACCAAUUUUUUGGAGGGAAAGUUGGGAAAGAUCCUGAGUUCUGCGCAGGAGGCUGUUGUUGUGCCGCAUAAUGUUGCAUUUUCAUAUCGACACAGCCCGGGAAGUUGGGACUACUUCAAAGUUAAUGCUAUGGACUUGUCUGUAGAAAGAAUCACCAGCAAGCAAUAUUUAACUUUCAAAGAAAUGGUGUUUGAUGAAAACUGGGCCAAGGAUGAAAAUGCGUUAGAAGUUGAUUUUGGGGCAUUCGACUAUGCUUAUCCUCGAUUAGCACUAUCUGGUUCCAUUGGAAAGGGGCUCACCUUUAUCUCAAGACUCAUGGCUUCUAGAUUUGGUAGAAAGCUUGAGGAUGCAAAGCCUUUGCUUGACUACCUUCUAUCUCUUAAUCAUUGUGGCGAGAAGCUUAUGAUUAAUGAAACUGUUGGAACAGUCGCCAAGCUUCAGAAGGCGUUGAUCAAUGCUGAACAUUAUGUAUCUCUUUAUCCGAAUGACACGCCUUACAACACUUUUGAGUCCAAGUUAAGAGAAAUGGGCUUUGAGAAAGGAUGGGGUGAAAAUGCAGAAAGAGUUAGGGAGACAAUGACACUACUUUCUGAAAUUCUCCAAGCACCAGACCCCAUAAGCACCGAGUCAUUAUUCAGCAGGGUGCCUUCUGUAUUCAACAUUGUGAUCUUAUCGAUUCACGGCUACUUUGGCCAAGAAGACGUUCUUGGGUUGCCUGACACCGGAGGCCAGGUGGUUUAUAUUCUGGAUCAAGUAAGAGCCUUAGAGAAAGAAAUGCUGCUGAGAAUUAGGAUGCAAGGAUUGAAUGUUAAACCCAAGAUUCUUGUGGUGACUCGGCUUAUACCAGAUGCAAGAGGCACUAAGUGCAACCAGGAGGUUGAGCCUAUAUUCGGCACAUCACAUUCUUACAUUCUUCGGGUCCCGUUUAGAUCAGACAAUGGAGAGGUUCUGCAGCAAUGGGUUUCUAGAUUUGAUAUAUACCCAUAUUUGGAGAGGUUUUCCCAUGAUGCUACUGCCAAGAUUGUUGAGACCAUGGAAGGUAAACCAGACCUCAUAAUUGGAAACUACACUGAUGGGAACUUGGUUGCCUCUCUCAUGUCCACCAAACUUGGAGUUACACAGGCAACAAUUGCUCAUGCAUUGGAGAAAACAAAAUAUGAAGACUCUGAUGCCAAGUGGAAACACUUUGAUCCAAAGUACCACUUCUCUUGCCAAUUCACCGCAGACUUGAUAGCAAUGAAUACCUCUGAUUUUGUCAUUGCCAGCACAUAUCAAGAAAUUGCUGGAAGCAAAGCAAAACCGGGACAGUAUGAGAGCCAUGAGGCCUUUACAAUGCCAGGCCUAUGCAGAGUAGUUUCUGGCAUCAAUGUCUUUGAUCCCAAGUUCAACAUAGUGGCCCCUGGAGCAGAUCAGUCCGUCUACUUCUCAUUCGCGCACAAGGAGCAACGUUUCACCUCAUUUCAUAGUGAAAUUGAGGAUUUACUUUACAAGAACGGGGAUACUGAUCAACACAUUGGGACUUUGGAGGACAAGAAGAAACCAAUAAUCUUCUCAAUGGCAAGGCUAGACAAAGUAAAGAAUCUAACAGGAUUGACAGAAUGGUAUGGGAAGAAUAGCAAACUGAGAGACUUAGUAAACCUUGUGAUCGUGGGGGCAUUCUUCGAUCCAUCAAAAUCAAAAGACAGAGAAGAAGCCUCAGAAAUCAAGAAGAUGCACGAUUUAAUAGCCAAGUACAACCUCAAUGGACAAAUAAGAUGGAUAGCAGCCCAAACAGACAGAAACAGAAACAGUGAGCUAUACAGAACCAUUGCAGACACAAGGGGUGCAUUCAUACAGCCCGCUUUGUAUGAAGCUUUCGGGUUAACCGUGAUUGAGGCAAUGAACUGUGGGCUUCCCACAUUUGCUACCAACCAAGGGGGUCCCGCAGAGAUCAUUGUGGACGGUGUCUCAGGCUUUCAUAUUGAUCCUUACAACGGGGACGAGUCAAGCAAUAAGAUUGUCGGCUUCUUUGAGAAAUGCAAGUCUGAUGGAUCUUAUUGGGACAUGAUAUCUUCCCAAGCUCUAGAGCGCAUAAACGAAUGUUUUACAUGGAAGAUUUAUGCCGAGAAAGUGUUGAACAUGGGAUCAACAUACAGAUGCUGGAGGGAGAUGCACUCCAGGGAAAAACAUGCAAAGCAGCAGUACCUUGAGCUUUUCUACAACCUCCAUAUGAGGAAAUUGGUGGAGAAGGUAACAAGGGAGGUGCCGCGAUCUAUAGAACAGGCUGGAAAAACACAACCAUCGAUAAAACCUAUGACCGGAGUAGUUUCGGGUGAAUCAAAGGGAGAGGCGGCGGCGGCGGCGGCGGCGAAAGAACUGAAGAUGAGGGAGGUGGAGGAAGGGGGCGUGUCAUCAUCACCACCAUCAUUCAAGCUGUUGUGUUCAUGCAUCUCUGUUUCUAUCAUUCUGUAUACCUUACUCAGAAUUUGUCGCUCUGUAGCAUAGAGAAUGAUCAAGCAGUAUAUAUACAUUCGCAUGCCCCCCAUAUAUAUACAUUAUUAGACGGACAGCCACCGCAUUAAUUUGUUUAUGCACUUCUCCAAUUCGUUCAAAUCAAUGAUGUAAAUGCACUAAAUAGUAAAUAAGACUAAUAUUACUCUUAUAUUAA